CGCAUGUCUGACAUCAGCCUUCACUCAACCUAGGAAGUUCAGCGCGCGGUGCGUUAUCGGGUCUGUUAUACAAUGAGUGAAAUAAAACCAGGAGAUGCAUCCUCAACGCAUAAGGAUGCUUCCUCAGAUGAAACAGACUGGGCAGCUGCUAAAGCACACUUUGAAAACUUGAAAUCAAAGAAACCAAGACCCCCCAAGCCGAUACAUGCAGUUACAAUCGGAGUUUCAUCCCGGACCUUAUUUGAAAUGGUGGCGGAGAGGAAGAUCUAUGAGGAAGAAGGGCUGGAGAAGUAUGUUGAGUAUCAGCAAGAGCACGAGAGUGAGCCGCUGAAACCCGGUGUAGCCUUUCCUUUCGUCAGGGCGCUGAUGAAUGUAAAUGAUCGACUGAGGGAUCUCUAUCCAGACAGUGAAGAGCUGUUCGACAUUGUUCUCAUGACCAAUAAUCACGCCCAGGUCGGGGUGCGACUCAUGAAUAGCAUCAAUCACUACGAUCUGAACAUAGAGCGAUUCUGCAUGACUGGAGGUCAGAGCCCAAUCGGUUACCUCAAGGCUUACAUGACUAACCUGUAUCUCUCCAAAGACACCAAGAAAGUCCAGGAGGCCAUUGAAGAGGGUAUAGCAGCAGCCAUCAUGUUUAAGCCUAAUGUGGAGACAAAGCUGUCUGAGACUCAGCUGCGUGUGGCCUUCGAUGGAGACGCUGUACUCUUCUCUGACGAGUCUGAGAUCAUUGUGAAGCAGCACGGCCUGGACACGUUCUUUGAGCAUGAAAAAAGCCAUGAGAACAAACCACUCGCUCAGGGCCCUCUAAAGUGCUUUCUUGAGGCUCUGGGGAAGCUCCAGAAGAAAUUCUAUGCCAAGAAUGAGCGAUUGAACUGCCCAAUUCGCACAUUCUUGGUGACCGCCCGAAGCGCAGCCAGCUCUGGAGCCCGAGUCCUUAAGACACUCAGAAGCUGGGGCCUGGAGAUUGAUGAGGCUUUGUUCCUUGCCGGGGCCCCCAAAGGGCCUCUGCUGCAGAAGAUUCGCCCACACAUCUUCUUUGAUGACCAGAUGUUCCACAUUGAGGGUGCCAAGGAGAUGGGCACUAUCUCUGCCCAUGUGCCAUAUGGAAUAGGACAGAAAUAUAACAAAGGGAAGCUGAUUGAGCAGCCAGAAAUACAGUCAAAAUAAGAGAUGCCACUUUUAAGCUGUUACAUUCUCAGUCACAAAUGCUGUUCAUUACAUUGUUUAUCAUAUAUAUUGCAUAAAUAGCGUGAAGUUAAAAUGAGGGUAUAUAUAUAUAUAUAUAUAUAUAUAUAUAUAUAUAUAUAUAUAUAUAUAUAUAUAAUGACUUGUUUCACAAUAGGCUUUGAAAUGAUCAGAACAUGUUUUGUCCUUAUCUAGAAAGUACUGUACGAUUCUUCUUAUCUUACAUAAUUCUGCUAUGUGCUCAUAAAACUUUUGCUAUUGUAUUUUAUAUUACUUGCAAUAAUGCAAAAUAGUUUUUAUAUUCUAGACACCAUCAGACCUGCUGUUUGAUACUGGAACACUAUCUGUUUGUCUGUCUCUAUCUAUCUGUCUCUAUUUGUCUAUCUCUGUCUGUCUGUAUCUAUCUAUCUAUCUAUCUGUAUCUGUCUGUCUGUCUAUCUGUCUAUCUACCUACCUACAUGAUAUUUGUUAUGGAAUAUUUUAGACAGUUUUACUUUUUAUGUGUUUGCAUAUAACAACAAGAUUAACUGUAUACGUGCAUACAGACUGUUUAAGGUUAAAGGGUUAGUUAAAAGCUAAUUGUCCAUUUGAAAAAAAAAAUUAUAUUUACAAAGCAUGUAUUCAGUCAACAGACUCAGACUGAUGUUCUAGAAUACUAAUAUUAGCUGACUGUUCUGAGUGUACUGUUUUUAUUUUCGCCCUAAGAUGGAUCUACAGGGUAAAUCAGUUCAAGUGAAAAUUAGUCAUUUACAUUAUUAUCAUCAUUACAGUUGUGUUAAAUUAGUCACCUGCCCAUGAUGUUGCUUUGUGGUUACAAAUAUUGACAAUUUUUAUGUCUCAGUGUACUACUUUGGGUUAUGCUUUCCAUAUAUUAGUAUUUUGCAUGCGAAUGACAAUUGCCUGAUGUUUGUAAGUGUAUCAAAAGCAAAACGUGUUACGAUGCAAAAUUGGUAUUACAGUUACACUUCGUUUCAUUUAAUAUGACAUUUUUGUUUAAAUAUAUUUUAUAACUAA